ACCUUUAUGGGUUCUCUCCGGACCAGAGAUGUGUGAAUCCUCCCAAAGCAGUUCAACACAAUGAUAAAAAAAAAAUGAAAUUUUGAGCCAUGUCAUUGGCUAAGGAGCGUCUGACAGGAAAAACAAUGGCUGUUGGGGCCAGGGUCCGCUAUAUAUGGAAUUCAAAAGACAUCCACUUUUAAUUCUCGAAAACAAUCACUAGACCAUAGCGUGUCUGGGGCCACAAGAUGACCGCUUCAGUGGCCGUGUAUAGGAAUAUUUACACGGAGGAACGCUUUAAACAGACUUAUGGAAAAGAGGACAGGGCGCCCGGCAGUCUGUUACUCGGGAAAAGACUCGCUCAGAAAUGCAGGUGUUCUCGGCGAGCGUUUCUCCACCUGUUGAGCGAGCGCGUCCCGAUCUUCAGCUGGCUGCCUAGGUACAGGCUGAGGAAAUGGCUUCUAGGAGACACCAUAGCGGGACUCACUGUCGGUAUUCUGCACAUACCCCAAGGUAUGGCAUUUGCUCUGCUAACAUCUGUGGCGCCAAUCUUCGGUCUCUACACCUCCUUCUUCCCGGUUGUCCUCUACAUGCUGUUCGGCACAGGCCGUCACGUCUCCACAGGUACAUUUGCCGUGGUGAGCCUGAUGACGGGCUCGGUGGUGCAGCAGCUGGUUCCAGCGCCGCUGCACCUUAACACCAGCAGCCCGGAGGCAGCGGCCCUCGAGGCCCAGAGGAUAGGGGUGGCCUCCGCCGUGGCCCUCCUCUCAGGAAUAAUGAUGCUCUGCAUGUUCGUGCUGCGGCUGGGCUUCCUGUCCACCUACCUGUCGGAGCCCAUCGUCAAGGCGUUCACCAGCGCUGCGGCCUUCCACGUCACCGUGUCGCAGCUCCAGAGCAUGCUGGGCCUGCGGCUGACGCGCCACACCGGGAACUUUGCCCUGUUUAAGACCCUAGCCUCUGUGAUGGAGAACCUGCCUCAGACCAACAUGGCCGAGCUGCUCAUCUCCUUGGUGUGUCUGGCCAUCCUGGUCCCGGUGAAGGAGGUCAACACGCGCUACAGGAAGCGCCGCACACCGAUCCCAGUGGAGAUCCUGACGGUGAUCAUAGCUACCGGAGUGGCUUAUGCCCUUUCUCUGGACUCCACUUGUGACGUCCAGAUUGUUGGCCAUAUCCCUGCCGGUUUCCCAAGCCCUCAGAUGCCGGCCUUGCACACAUUUCCUGACAUUGCUGGCGACACAGUAGCCAUAACGUUUGUUGGCUAUGCUGUGUCGGUCUCCCUGGCGAUGAUAUAUGCUGAUAAGCAUGCGUACUCUAUACACCCCAACCAGGAGCUUCUGGCCCACGGCAUCUCCAACACUGUGUCCUCCUUCUUCACGUGCUUCCCGAGCUCAGCCACUCUGGCCACCACCAACAUACUAGAGAGUUCGGGAGGAUUCACACAGCUUUCAGGGUUGUUUACCAGCCUGGUGGUCCUUGUUGUGCUGCUCCUGAUUGGUCCCCUCUUCUACUUCCUGCCCAAGGCGGUGCUGGCGUGUAUCAACGUGACAAGCCUCAGACAGAUGUUCCUGCAGUUCCAAGACCUGCCAGGCCUGUGGAGAGUUAGCAGGAUUGACUUUAUGGUGUGGGUGGUCACCUGGCUGUCUGUGGUGGUCCUCAACGUGGACCUAGGUUUGGCCAUCGGUGUGGUCUUCUCUAUGAUGACAGUGAUCGGCCGCACACAGAGAGCAAGGUGUUCGGUGCUAGGCCAGGCCAGCAACACAGAGAUCUACAGACCUAUGCAAAACCACAGCAAGUGCAGCGAGGUGGCGGGGGUGAAGAUCCUCACCUACAACGGCCCCAUUUACUACGGGAACCGCAGCUUCUUCAAGGAGGAGGUGAGCCGUCUGCUGGGCCUGACGCCGGAGAGGAUCCGCAGCCUCGAAAAGACGAGGAAGGCCCUGGAGAAACGCCAGAGAGACACCACCGUCAGCACCGUGGAAAGAGGCGUUGCAAAUGCAUCAUUCUCAUCAGAUAAUGAGUUAUUAAAAUCUGCUGAGAAGGAAGUCCAGGCUCUACUAAUGGACUGCAGCAGUGUGAUAUUUGUUGAUGUUGCUGGAGCCAGACUCCUUAUACAGAUGUGCAUUGAUUGCCAGAAAGUUGGGGUUUGCAUAUACUUAGCAAACUGCAAUGAAAGGGUCUUAAAGAUCCUCACCUCCAGCGGUCUGAUGAACUACAUGAAUCCACAGCACAUCUUCAUCACGGUGCAUGAUGCCGUGGUCUACAUUCAGCACCUCAAGGAGAAGACCCCCGACACCACAACUGUCUGGGUGUGAGAUGUUCCUGUUCCUCACGGAUCCACCCGAUGACGCACGAACAAGGGCCGGUCCGUUUCAGACGGAGAGUGUCAGGUCUCACCAGCGCCGGUGUUUUUGUGUCAACUGUAUGUUGUGGAGGCUCGGAGGGAUCUGACCAAACCGCUACACCUGCUGAUUUGUCUAAUUAGCACACCUUCAAUAAGAUGGGGGAGAGGAGCUAAUUACUGGCAUCAGAUGUUGUGGUGUUUGGUGAGCAGGCGAGCAGUAGAACGCCAGUCCUCUGGGCUCCAGGGCGGCUGAUGGGCUCCAGUGUGGGUCCGUGUUUGUUCCUGAAGACGGUUGCUCAAACUGAGUGACUGCAUGCCAGAGUUUCAAAAACAAAAUAGGCAGAAGGAAAAGACGUAGCGUCUAGUGUUGCACUGUUGUAAAAAAGGGCUAGCAUCCCAUUCCAGUGAUACUAUGCCAUAUGUUUGGAAGAUCAUGAUAGAAUCCCAGAUAUGGUUUAAUAAAACAUGGGUAUAUUGGCACACGUGAGUUCUACAUGAAAAUCUAUUCCCCUUUAACGUAACACAUAAAACCAAAAAAACAGUGCAAUAAAUGAAAUGUAAACGAGUUAUUGGACUUAAAAACUUGUGGGAAGUCGAUACUAUUUGAUAUUUAUUUUAUAUUCUUUAUUUUUGUUUUGCGUCUUAAAUGGCACUAUUAGACAAGCCUAAUGAAAUGCACCGGGUAAAAUCAUAAUACAUUUCAUAUCUGCUUAUGCCAUAUACUGAAUGCUAUCACAUAUUGCCUUGAAAUAUUCUUUAACAACAUUAUAAGAUCUAUACAAGUGUCUACAUAAUUGAACUGUUGCCUGUUUUAAGCAUUUUUUAUUUUUUGGAGAUCAUUUUAUUAUUUAUCGGCUUAUAAGAUUCAGUCUUUCUACAUCGUUUUGAUACUUAUUCUUUAUGUACAUUACAUGCCAUGAAAAACAAUGAUACAUGGAAAAAUGUAUGUUGUUGAAACGUCAGCCUCGUUAAGAUAAAUCGAUGGAAUGUGAAGUAUUGCUUCUCUUCAGACUACGGUCAGGUGUGUGUCUACCUCAGGGUUGAUCUGAACAGUACAGCACGCGUCGGGCAGCUUCUGGAAAGGUACACAAACAUUACACAGACUCCUCUGGGAUUGAUAAGGUUAAAUUUACAUCUAAACAAUAGACCAUUGUUUCUUGUUCGCCUCUAUCAUCUUUCCAUUCAAAUUGUGAAAUAUUACAAGGGCUUUCUUCCAAAGUAUGUUCACCACAAAUGAGUGAAUGAUUAUCGAAAUGGACACAUACAGACGUUACAACGCAAUUGAGUGUAGUGAUACAUUCACACUCUAGUGCUCUCUGCUGAUACGAUGGCAGUACUGUUUAUUUUCAUUGUGUCAGUGUACCCCAUCAUUAGAAGGUUACCUUGACCUGAUAAAAAUAUAUAUGUAGUGCAAGUUCGAAACCGGGCCAAAUAAAAGCAAAACACUAA